AUGAGAGGACCACGUCCGCUUGGCGUUGUGAUUAAGCUCGGGACGAGCUCCAUCGUCGACGAGAAGACCCAUGAACCUCUCCUUUCUAUCCUGACGUCGAUAGUGGAAACGGCAGUGAAACUAAGGAAAGAUGGACACAAGGUCAUCAUCGUCUCCUCUGGAGCUAUUGGCGUUGGGCUACGGCGGAUGGACGUCGAUAAAAGACCAAAGCACCUGUCAAAACUGCAGGCCCUUGCAGCCAUCGGUCAAUGCCGGCUGAUGAGUCUCUGGGACAGCUUGUUCACCCAUCUCAUGCAGCCCAUUGCUCAGAUUCUUCUGACACGAAGUGAUAUUGCCGAUAGGUCACGGUAUCUCAAUGCUCAGAGGACCAUCAACGAGCUCUUGGACAUGGGUGUCAUCCCCAUCGUCAACGAGAACGACACGCUGGCCGUGUCAGAAAUCAAGUUUGGCGACAAUGACACCCUCUCAGCCAUCACCGCCGCCAUGGUCCACGCCGACCUCCUCUUCCUCAUGACUGACGUCGAUGCUUUGUACGAUAAGAACCCACGGACUCAUCCUGACGCUCACGCUAUCGAAGUGGUCGAAGACAUUGGGGCGCUGGUGGUAUGUCUACCAAGAUCGUGGCCGCGCGCCUCGCAACCUCAGCCGGCGUCACAACCGUCAUCACACGGUCCUCCAUCCCAGGCAAUAUCAUCAAGAUCGUCAAACACAUCCAAGCCCAGCCGCUCCCCACCCUCCCUCGCCACCAAAGCCAACCAAGCCCCCGGCACCCCAGGCACACUCUCCCGCAACCAAAGCACCGACGCGCUCCUCCACUCAGCCGUCGCCGCUACCACCCAACACCAGCAGCAGCAGCAGCAGCAGCAGCAACAAUCCCCGCACCACUCCGACGCCGAGCGCACGCUCACCUCAUCCCCCAUCCCCGGCUCCACACCCAACAGCAACACCACCAACAAAAUCCCCCUACACACCCGCUUCCUCCCCUCGCCGCACCCGGUCCGCGACCGCUACUUUUGGAUCCUGCACGGCCUGCGCCCGCACGGCACGCUGUACAUCGACCAGGGCGCGUACAAAGCGCUGGUCGGCAAGGCCGGGCUGCUCCCCGUCGGGGUGGUGGAUGUGGAGGGGACGUUUGCGCAGCAGGAGGCGGUGCGGCUGUGCGUGGUUGAUAAGAGGAGGAGGGGGGGGAGGGGGGUGGUUGUGGGUGGUGGUAGUGGUGGUGGUAGUGGUGGUGGUGGGGAGGAGGAUGGGAAUGGGGAUGGAGCGAAGCUGUGGGAGGGGGAGGCGCGUGAGGUGGGGCGGGCGUUGAGUAAUUAUUCGAGCGCGGAGAUUGCGAGGAUUAAGGGGAGGCAGAGUGUGGAGGUGGAGGGGAUUCUGGGGUAUGCGGACACUAGCUGA